GGCGAGUUCAUAAACUCACACAGCUGGCACGAGCCGUUUUCGUAACCUAUUAUUCAAUUUGUCGAACUUUUCGGGCUUCUUAGAAUCCUAUAAAACAGUUUAAUUCGGCAUCAGCAUCGAACGGUUGCAGCUUAGAAGAUGUCUAAAGCAACGAAACGAAAACACGUUGUGAAAGAAAUCAAGGAGGACUUGAAUAUUCCCACGGAAUCGCAGUCCAUAGUAAGACUCGUUGCAUCAAAAGGUAAUAAUCUUCACGAAGUGAGCAAUCCAGGAGGCGAAAACUACUUGGUUUCAAUGCCUACCAAGUACCGUAAAAACAUUUGGAUCAAGAGAGGAGACUAUGUUUUAGUGGAACCAAUUCCUGAAGGAGACAAAGUCAAAGCUGAAAUAGUAAAAAUACUGACUAAGGAGCAUAUCAAAUUCUAUCGAUCGAGAAACUGUUGGCCACAGGAAUUUGAGAAAGAUUCAAAACUAGUGGAAAACGACGAAGAUGAAGACCUAUUCAUAAAUACAAAUAGACGGCCACAAAAUCAUGACACUACGGAAACUGAAAGCGAUACAAGUUCAGAAGCUUCGGAUUCAGAUUGACAACAAAACUCUUAGGGCUAUCGUCAUGCUCAAUGAUGAAUUGGCGAUAAGGAUUUUUUUAAUAUUUGUACAAAUUAGUGUUCCAGUGUAUUAGCACUGUACAGUAAUUAUUUUAUUUCGUCGAUACAGAUAUUAUUUAAACGUAUUUUAAGAUGGCUUGUAUCGUAGUGCCAAGAAUUAAAUUUCUGAAAUUAGAUUAAAAUCUAUUGCGUAAGUUUAUGCAAAAUGAAUAUUGCACAGAUUAGUCCGUUAUCAGAGAUUAUACACGUUUAUAAAUCUAUUAUUUGAAGAUUAUACAUUUAACACGAAGGGCCAAAAAGGAUCUCUGUAUUGUAAAAUAAAAACAAGAUGCUUCCA